AUGGUAAAUUCAUUAAAUAAGUUGCAAGAUAAACUAAGAAAAGAAAGAACAACUGAUAAAUUAAUUUUAAAACAAUGUAAUUUUGAUAUAAUUGAGAAAUAUGAUGAUACAUCAAGUGAUGACAACGUAAUAUCUAGAAAAGAAAAAGAUAAUAAAAUAACAAAUAAGGAACUAAUAAAUGCAAAUAAUUUAAAUAAUAAUCAUAAUGUUAGUUUUCCCAUUGCUCUUCAUAGAACUAAAUUGAAUUUACAAAAGAAUAAUGUAAAUGAAAAAUUAGAUUUAAAAAAAAUAUAUGAAAGUAAUUUAAUAAAGAAUAAUAUUAAUAAAAGGGAAUGUGAUCAAAUGAAAAUUCCUAAUGAACUAAAUUCAUAUAAUAUUGAAAAGAAUAAUAAUAAAAAUGAAAAAAGAGAUAUAGAAAAGAAUAAAAUAAAAGAAAAAGAUCAUAAUAAUAAUUUAGAUAAAAAGUAUAAUAUACUAUUCCAAAUAAAUAAAAAUGAAGUAGCUAAACUACAAUGGACUAAUCCAGUAAAUGAUACUGAAAUAAGAGAAAUCAAAAAUAUAAAUGAAGUAAAAUUACAUGAAAUACGUUUUGAUUUUUUAGGAAAAUUAAGAAUACAGAUUAAUGAAAAUUUAUUUAAUAAACAAAAAAAAAAAAAAAUUUUUGAUAACUUUGAUGGAUUGUAUCAUCAUAAUGAUGAACCACUCAAUAGCGGUUAUACAUUUCCUGAAAUUUUAUUUUUAUGUCAGAGUUCUUAUAAUAAUCAAGUUUCCAUAUCAUUAAAAAUACUUAAAAACAUUUUUGUAAAUCUGCACUUAAAAGUUAUUACUAUUAACAAAUAUUUUGAGCAUAUUAUAAACGAUCUAAAAGGAAAAUAUUGUUAUGGUUUUACAUAUAGAAGAUUUUUUAAUUUUAUAAAUAAUGAUUUAAAAAUAUUUAAAAAGUUAUUAAUAAUACUCAAUUGUUAUUGCAACAAAAAUGUAGAAAUAAAUUGUCUUCACUCAUUAGCCAGUUAUUUAUUUCCUAAUAAUAUUUUAGAAUUAGUGGAGAAUGUAAUAUAUGAUCAAGAUGAUGAUACUCAAAAAUUAAAAUAUUUAAUUGAUUAUGAAUUUUUUUCUUACUGUGACUUUUUCAGUGAUAAUCUAUUUCUUUUUGAGGAUUAUAAUAUAUAUUUUUAUUCUAUCAAGAAAGAAAAAAAUUCUCAAAAUAAUUUUUUUAAUUUUAAUAAAAGUAAAGACAAAGGAAAAGUAAAUGAUAAAGAUAUAGAAAAAGAAACGGAAGAUGAAGAAAAUAGUGAGGAAACAAAAGAUGAAGAAAAUGCUGAGGAAACGGAAGAUGAAGAAAAUGAUGAGGAAACAGAAGAUAAAGAAUAUGAAGAAAAUAUAAGAAAUCAAAAAGUUGAAAAAAAAGAACAAAAUGAAAAUAAUUAUUCUAAUAUAAAUAAAAAGAAGUUUAUUAAUUUUAAAGAUGAAAAUUUAGAUUUUUCUAAUUUUUUUAAUAAAUAUAAAGAAAAUGAAUUGUUAAUGAAACAAGAAAAAGAUGAUAAAAUAAUAAAAAAAUAUAAUAAAUUUACAAACAAUGCAAAGGAAACAAAAGGAAAUGAAAUGAAAAAAAAGGAAAAUCAUAAAAAUAUUUUUAUAAAUUAUGAGCUAAUUACUAUUCUCGAAUAUAUAAAUAGAGCUAAUUAUGAUUCUUUAAAAAUACGAAAUAUAAAUUUUAAAAUGAUUAGUUUGUCUGAUUCAAAAAAAUACCAAUACAAGAAAAUUCUUAAUAAUAUAUCAAACAUUUUAUCAAAUAAUUUUGGCGUUGUUGAAAUAGAAAAUAGUUGUAUAUGUGUUUUGAUAGGAUUGUUAUUUAAAAAAAAACAGAAAAUAAAUAUAUUGAAAAAUAAAAAACUGAUAGAAGAUUUAAAAAAAAUAUAUGAUUCUAAGAUAACUGGAAAUAAACUAAACAAUGAAAGAUUAGAAAAAGAAAGCAAAGAAAAAAAACAUGAUUACUAUGAUAUAAAUUUCACAUACAACUUAAUUACAUUGAUUAGAUAUAUUCUUAUCUAUAACUAUGAGAAAAAUAUUUUAAAAAAGUUUGAUAUAUUAUCCUUUUUAUUGUUUCAAAGAUCUCUACCAUUUAGCAAAGAGAAGAAAAAUAAGGAAAUGUAUUUUUUUCUGGCUACUGAAUCUAUAAAAAUAUUUAGAAUUUUAGUUUAUUGUAAUUUAUAUAUAGAAUCAGUUGAUUAUUUUCAUGAAAUAAUUAAUGAAAUUCAUAAACAAAAUUUUAAAAACUCAUUAAUUUGUAAAAAAUUUUUGUGCCAAGUGUAUUUAUAUAUUUCUACAUAUAAUACUAUAUACACUAAUAUAGAGUUGUCAGGAUUCUUAUACAUGAAUAAAGUUAUUAAAACUUUAGAAGUUCAAUUAUGUAAUAAUUUUGAUAUAAGUGAUGAUGAUAAUAAUAAUGAAUCAGGCAUCUUUAAUAAGAAAAAUAAUAAUACUUGUUGUAAUAUUGAUAGAGAUAAUGAUAAUAAAGAAAGAGAAAAAGAAAAUUUAUUAAAUUCAGUUACAAAAAGAAAAAUGGAAAAAACAAAAAAGAAAUAUGAUUUUAAUUAUUUGUGUGAUUUGGAAUUAAUAAAUCAAUGUUGCAUUUAUUUUUACUCCGUUUUUCUAUGUAUUAAAAAAAAUGAUAAUAAGCAAUGCAUAAAUAAUGAUCAAAUAAAUAAAAUAAUGAGAAUCGUAGAAAAAUUAGCUUACGAAAUUGUAGAGGAAUUUAAUGAUUUCUUAGUUGAAUAUAAAAGUGAAAAUAAUGGUAACUUAAUUAUAAGUAUAAUAAGUCAAAUAAAGGAUUGCCCACUUCCUUUUAAUUAUAUUAUUUAUAAAAAUAUUGUUGAUUUUCAUUUAUUUUUUGUUAUAUAUAUACAAAUUCUAAAUAUAAUUAUAAAUAUAUAUUUUAUUUAUGAGAAAAUAGAAAAAAUUAAAAUAAAAUCUAUUACAAAUAUUUUUAAUAAAUUUUAUCGAGAUACCUUAAAAUAUUUUAAAAGUAAUAUUUUUGAAGUAGAAAAUAUCCUAGAUUCUUAUAAUAUUUUUCUACCUGUGUCAUAUUUGUUUUAUAACUUAUUUAAAAUUAAUAAUACAAAAAAUAUGGACUUGUUGUUUUAUUCAUUAAGCUUUUGUUCUUCUCUUUCUCUAAGUUAUUUUUGUUUAAAAAACAUUUUUAUGAAAUCCGAUAAUACUAUUAAUAGUAGCAAAAAAGAAUGUAAUAAUCAUAAUAGUAACAUUUUAAAUAAAUCUGAGCAAAAUAUCGAUAUAAUGAAUGAUCAAAAAAUUUUCGAGAUAAAUGAUGAAUAUGAUAGUACUAAAGAUUAUAAUAGCAUUAACGAUUUUAAUAAUAAUAAUAUUAUAUAUUCAGAAGAAUAUGUUAAAAAUGAUAAAUUCAUAAAUGAAGCAGAAUUGAAAUAUGAUAAUCUUGGUGAUCAUAUAUAUAUAUUAUUAUUUUUACAAAAAUAUUUAAAGGGGAAGUUUUUAGUAUAUCACACUAAAAAAAAUAUUUUCAUUUUGCUUUUGAAAAAUAUAUUCAAGGAAUGUAAAAAACGAAUAGAUGAUAUAAAAAAAGAAAAUGAAAUAAUAAUAGGUAAAGUUCUAAAAUUAUUUUUAAAUAAUUAUGUUAUUGACUUUUUUUCAAAAAAUAUGAAAGUAUCAAUGUUUGUUAAAUUUUUCAUUCAAAUUUUUAUUGUGAACAAUUCUAAAUUAAUUGGAGAUUAUUUAAUUGAAAAAAAAAAUGUGUACGUUGAUUUAGUAAAUAUAGCAGAAUUAUAUAUAUUUGAAAAAUUAAAUUAUUCAAAUACUAUUGAAAAUAUUAGCUCAUAUGAAAAAAAAAAAAAUUUAGAAGAAAUACAAAAAAUUGUUGAUGAAUUUAUUAGAAAUGAAGUUAAAGAAAAAAAAUACCCUUCUGGAAAUAUAUUAAGUAAUUUUGAAAAAAAUAAAAGAAAUAUAAAUGUAUAUAAUAGACCAAAAAAAUUAGAAAUUAGCAAAAAUUUAGCUUUAGUAAUACAUGAAAAAAUUAUAGAAUCUUUUAAAAUGGCUAAUUUUUAUAAUCCUUUAUUUUUAUCCAUUUUAUUUUUUUUUUCUUCAUCUUUCUUCCCUCUUGAGUGUAACAAUUUAUUAUACAAUGAUAUUGAUUUAAUAAAAAUGUUAUCUAAAAAUAUAUUUAUUCAUUUUUAUGAUAAUAUAAAUUAUGUUAUAUUUACUAAAUCUGAAUACUACGGUAAAAAGCAAAACAAUUAUUUAAUUGAUAUAACACAUUUGUUUCCAUCUGUUUUAUCACUCAUAUUAGAUACAACUGAAAUCAAAUUAAAUGACGGUUUAAUAAAUUAUUUUAAAGAAGUUAAUUUAGAGUAUUCUUACAUCAGUUUGUUAUAUUUCAUAUUUUAUGUCAAAAACAAGUUAAUAUAA